CAGUCAAACCGAGGAGCCCACGAUGGAACAGGACCGAGAGUGCGUGACCCCGCUCCUGUGUCGGGAAAACGCAGGAAAAUGCAAUCAAAAACCAGAGAUAACGAGGAUGACGGCGACACCAGCGAUAGAGAGCAGUGAGAAGGGCGCAGCGAAAAUUUGCAGCCCUGAGGACCCGAAGCAAGAGGCGCAGCAGGACUUCGUCUCCAAAUGCAUAGGAGACUACGGACGAUGGCAGUUCACCAUCACGUUCCUCCUCUCACUUGUCAACUUUCCCUGCACUUUUCACAUAUUCGCACCAACUUUCGAAGCGGCCAAGACUGAAUUUUGGUGUGCUCCGCCACAAUCUCUGGCAUUCAUGUCGAGAGAUUUGUGGAUCAACGUGAGCCACACGACCAUGAUCAACAUGGAAGGGAAAGAAGUAAUAAAUCCUUGCUUUAUAAAAGAUAUUGAUUAUGAUUCGUUCAAUUUUUCAAUUUCUGAAGGCACAGAUAUACUUCGACCAUGUACUGCAUGGGAAUACAACACCACCGAGUUUGGCUCUACAAUUAUCAGCGAAUGGGAUUUGGUCUGCGAGAAAGAACAAUACAGCCAAAUAGCAGAAAUGGCGUUUCUUGUAGGUGUCGCUUUUGGAGGAUUAGCUUCUGGUUUAAUAUCAGACAAGUUUGGCAGGAAAUCAACUCUUUUCGUAUCGUUGGUCGCCCAGUUGCUUCUAGGCACAGCGAUAGCUUUCACUCCUUGGUUUUCCAUUUAUCUCGCACUCAGAACAUUCCUCGGAUUCUUCUCAGUAAGCGUUGUUUUCAGCGGAUUUGUUCUAUGUAUGGAAAUAGUCGGAGGAAAAUGGUUGACUAUUUCAGGUGUUUCGUAUCUAUUUAUAAACCCGCUUGGCUACAUAACAAUCUCAGGGAUUGCAUAUUACAUCAAAGGAUGGAGACAUUUACAGUUGGUCAUCACCUUGCCAGCGAUAACAUUUCUCAUUCUAGGAUGGAUUUGCCCUGAAUCUCCAAGAUGGCUUCUUACAAUGAGAAAAGGCGAGAAAGCACUGUCGGUUUUGGAAGAUGCGGCCAGGUUCAAUAAAAAAGACUUGCCUCCAAAUAUCGACAAGCUUAUUAAACAGGCUAUAUCAAAAGUAGAAGGGGAUGCACCCAAAUCAGGAAUCGCAGAAUUGUUCAGGACGGCAAGAAUGAGGAAAAUCUCUUUUGGGCUCUACAUCAUCUGGUUUUCUGUUUACCUAGUGUACUAUGGAAUAGUUUUGAAUUUAUCAAACAUGGGAGGAAAUGUUUAUCUUAACUCGAUUAUAUCUGCUGCUGUUGAACUUCCUGCAAUCGCUGUGAGCAUUCUGUUUCUUUUAAAAAUGGGAAGAAGGUGGCCUUUGUGCAUAACAACCAUUCUUUCUGGGAUAGCUUGCCUCCUCACGACUGUCAUACCUAAAGAUGAAAAUGGUUAUAUUACAUUGGCCCUGAUAACUUUUGGCAGGUUUUUCAUCACAUCAUCGAAUGCCGUUAUGCCGGUAUUUACCGCAGAGCAGUUUCCGACGAUUAUGCGAAACCUUGGCGUAGGAUCUUCAAACGCUCCUGCUGGAAUCGCACUCAUCCUCGUCCCCUACCUUUGGAAUAUGGCUGGAAUGAAUAUAAACAUGCCGAUGGGUAUUUUGGGAGUUUUCGGCAUCAUCGGAGGAGCGUCUGUACUACUUUUGAAUGAAACAGGAGGCCUGCCGGACGAGCCUUGAACAUCUAUUGAGUUUUAAAAGAAAAUCAACUUCCCAAAGAGGGUAAAACAAUAAUGGAUCACCAUUCCAAAUCAACGAAUGCAAUAAUUUUAAUUUGUGUAAAUAUUAUUUAUUUGAAGAUAUAUCUUUUUUUUUA